UGCCUCCUCCGGAAACUGCCGAGUCCGCCAUAUUGGCAGAGGGAGAGAAUAAGUGAGUCGGUGUACGGUGUAAGAGGCCGAAUACCGGAUUACCCCGGAGGAGGCCAGCGGCACCAUGCUGCGAUUUCCUGCUGUCCGCAGGGCGCUUGCACACGCCACCCAAGCCGCUACGGGUAAUGUCCGGACAGCGGCCACAGCGGCUAGCAAUCUGUUGGAGGUGUUUGUGGAUGGGAAGCCGGUGAUGGUGGAGCCUGGAACCACAGUGCUGCAGGCGUGUGAGAAGGUGGGCGUGCAGAUCCCGCGCUUCUGUUACCACGAUCGGCUGUCGGUGGCUGGAAACUGUCGUAUGUGCCUUGUGGAAAUAGAGAAAGCCCCCAAGCCCGUUGCUGCGUGUGCUAUGCCGGUCAUGAAAGGGUGGAAUAUACUGACUGACUCGGAGAAAACCAAAAAAGCAAGGGAAGGAGUAAUGGAGUUCUUGCUUGCUAAUCACCCAUUGGACUGUCCCAUUUGUGAUCAAGGAGGAGAAUGUGAUUUGCAGGACCAGUCCAUGAUGUUCGGCAGCGACAGGAGCCGCUUCAUGGAGGGAAAACGCGCCGUGGAGGACAAGAACAUCGGGCCGCUGGUGAAAACCAUCAUGACCCGCUGCAUUCAGUGCACCCGAUGUAUUAGGUUUGCCAGUGAAGUCGCUGGUGUUGACGACCUGGGAACGACUGGCAGAGGAAAUGAAAUGCAGGUUGGCACUUACAUAGAGAAAAUGUUCAUGUCUGAGCUGUCCGGGAACGUCAUAGACCUCUGUCCUGUGGGGGCAUUAACGUCCAAGCCUUACGCUUUCACCGCUCGGCCAUGGGAAACCCGGAAGACUGAAUCCAUCGAUGUUCUGGAUGCUUUGGGUAGUAACAUUGUGGUUAGCACAAGAGGCGGGGAGGUGAUGAGAAUUCUGCCUAAAUUGCAUGAGGACAUCAAUGAGGAAUGGAUCUCUGAUAAAACCAGAUUUGCAUAUGACGGCCUGAAGCGCCAGAGACUGACCCAGCCAAUGAUCAGGGAUGAGAACGGCUACCUGGUGCAGGCCGCCUGGGAAGAUGUACUCAGCCGCGUGGCUGGUGUGUUGCAGGCCGCCCCUGGUAAAGAUAUAGCCGCGAUUGCUGGCGGUCUGGUAGAUGCAGAGGCCCUUGUAGCUCUUAAAGACUUGCUGAAUGGUCUGAAUUCUGAUACUCUGUGCACUGAAGAAGUCUUCCCCAAUUCUGGAGCUGGCACCGACCUGCGUUCUAACUACCUGCUGAACUCACGGAUUGCUGGGGUGGAGGAGGCUGACGUUCUGCUGCUUAUCGGCGCCAACCCACGUUAUGAAGCCCCUCUGUUUAAUGCAAGGAUUCGCAAAAGCUGGCUGCAGAAUGAUCUCCAGAUUGCUGUGGUAGGAAGCGCCGUAGACCUCACCUACACCUAUGAUCAUUUGGGAGACUCUCCUCAGACAAUCAAAGAUAUCGCAUCAGGAAAACACCCGUUCAGUAAGGUUCUUAGCCAAGCCAAGAAGCCCAUGGUUGUGGUGGGCAGCGGUGCCUUACAGCGCAAGGACGGGGCAGCCCUCCACGCCGCAGUGUCUGCUAUUGCGCAGAAUGCCAGGAGCAGCAGCGGCGUGGCGGAGGAAUGGAAAGUGCUGAAUAUUCUGCAUAGAGUCGCCAGUCAAGUUGCUGCGCUGGAUCUCGGUUAUAAACCUGGGGUGGACGCUCUGCGGAAAAACCCUCCAAAGGUGCUCUUUCUCCUUGGUGCAGAUGCCGGCUGCAUAACCCGUCGGGAUCUACCCAAGGACUGCUUUGUUAUUUACCAGGGUCACCACGGAGAUAUCGGAGCGCCCAUGGCGGACGUGAUUCUUCCAGGAGCUGCUUACACAGAGAAAUCUGCUACAUACGUCAACACGGAAGGCCGAGCCCAGAAGACCUUUGUUGCCGUGAGUCCGCCAGGAAUGGCGAGAGAAGACUGGAAAAUCAUCCGCGCACUGUCCGAGGUAGUGGGUGUAAGACUCCCAUAUGAUGACCCUGAUGGGGUGAGAAACAGGCUACAGGAAGUGUCUCCAAACCUUGUUCGCUAUGAUGAUGUGGAAGAAGCUAAUUAUUUCAAGCAGGCAGCCGAGCUCUCAAAGCUCACUACCCAGCAGAUGCUCACGGAUCCAUUAAUUGCUCUUCAGCUGACCAUCAAGGAUUUCUAUAUGACAGAUCCGAUAACGCGAGCGUCUCAGACCAUGGCCAAGUGCGUGAAGGCCGUAACCGAGGGCGCACAAACAGUAGACGAACCGUCCAUCUGCUAAAACUGUUUUCCAGCAACUCGCUGAAGAUCCGUGUUCCGUUUGCUACUGGUUUAUUUCAGGAAUUUGCGUAAUCUUGCCGUGCUCUCGCUGUAACAUCAGCAUCUGAUGAGAAUUUUAGGAUGUUGGCUUUGCAUCUGUGCGUGUUUGGAGGCACCUGUGAUGGUUACUGUAACUUUAAUGAAUACUAGACAUCCAAAGUCACGUGUGUACAGACUUGUAAUCUUAUUAAAUGGUUUAUUACAUUU